AUGGCACUGGAAGCAGUGGUGUUUCCACAAUCACAAGACCCGUUUGGUGGUUACGGAUCAGUGAAGGACUUCUACAACUGCACCUUCUUGUCUGCUACUUCACCCAACUGGGGGGACUAUGAACACAUCAACAUCGACAUCAACAAAGAAGAAGAACAAGGUUCUAUCGCCACUUUUCUCGAUAAUAAUAACAACCAACCAGACAAUUACUCUUAUGGAGGAGAUUGGACCAGCUCCUCCUCUUCUAUCUUACCCCACUUGAAUGAGCUUCAAGAAACCACUGACCCCAGUAACAGCACUCAAAACUUGGAUACCUUAACCACUCGUCCUAAGAGGCGCAGAGCUAAAAGCAGAAAGAACAAGGAAGAAAUCGAGAACCAAAGAAUGACUCACAUUGCUGUGGAGCGCAAUAGAAGAAAACAGAUGAAUGAGUAUCUUUCUGUUCUUCGCUCUCUCAUGCCGGACUCUUAUAUUCAAAGGGGUGAUCAAGCUUCUAUAAUUGGAGGUGCUAUUAACUUUGUCAAGGAGCUUGAGCAGAGGCUGCAUUUUCUUGGUGCUCAGAAAGAAGGAGAGGCGAAAUCUGAUGCUGGUGGUGCAACGAACAUGCCCUUUUCUGAGUUCUUCGCCUUUCCACAGUAUUCAACAAGUGGUGGGGGUGGGGGUGGCGGCGGCUCUGAUAAUUCUGCAACCAUAGGUGAAGACGUGGGUGAGGUUAAGUCUGGCAUUGCUGACAUAGAAGUGACCAUGGUGGAAAGCCAUGCAAAUCUCAAAAUAAGAUCCAUGAAGCGCCCCAAGCAGCUCUUGAGGUUGGUCUCUGGUUUGCAUACCAUGCGCCUCACAAUCUUGCACCUAAAUGUUACUACCACUGGGGAAGUUGUUCUCUACUCUCUCAGUGUUAAGGUGGAAGAUGAUUGCAAGUUGGGAUCCGUUGAUGAUAUAGCUGAAGCUGUGUACCAGAUGCUGGAUAGGAUUCAGCAAGAGGCAAUGCUGAAUUAA